AUGGUAUUGACAGAUAGAAAUUUUAAUACAUCUUUCUUUGAAUUAGCUGGAGGGGGUGAUCCUAUAUUAUAUCAACAUCUUUUUUGAUUUUUUGGUCAUCCUGAAGUUAAAAAUAUAGGCUUCGUAACGUUGCUAUAUGCUGGGACUACUUCGAUAUUAAGUUUUAAAUACUCCAUUUUUAAUAAUAUAGUAAUAAUUUUAAAACAAUGAAGUAAAUCAGCAGGUAACAUUAUCAUUAAUGGAACCUCAGAGACUUUUCGCAACGAAACUGUAAUAUACACAGAAAAUAUAAAAUCUAUAUCUACUCAUGUACCUACUCAUUUAAAACCUUUAAAUGAUGAUCAAUUUGGACAUUAUUUAGCUGGUUUAAUAGAUGGUGAUGGUCAUUUUAGUACCAAACAACAAUUAGAUAUUGUAUUUCAUUCAUUAGAUGUUUCUUUAGCUUAUUUUAUAAAAGGAAAAUUAGGAUAUGGUAAUAUUAGAAAAGUUAAAUCGAAAAAUGCUUAUAUUUUAGUUAUAGCAUCUAAAAAAGGUUUAGAACGAGUAAUUAAACUAAUUAAUGGAAAAAUUAGAACAAAAAAUAAAUUUAAUCAAAUACAAAAAAAUAUAUUAAAUCAUGAAAAUUUUUUUGAUUUAAUAAAUUCAGUUGAAUUUAAAUUAAAUUCAGAUAAAUGUUUAAAAAAUCAUUGAUUAGCUGGCUUUUCUGAUGCAGGUGCUAGUUUUCAAGUAAAAAUAAUUGAUCCUACUACUAGAAAUAAAAAAGAAAUUAGAUUGAAUUUUCAAAUAGAUCAAAAAAAAGAUACUAUAUUACUAUUAAUAAAAGAGUUUUUAGGAGGUAAUAUAGGUUAUAGAAAGAAUCAAGAUACAUAUUAUUAUGAAUCUACUAGUUUUGGUUCUGCUAUAAAAGUUAUCAAUUAUUUUGAUCAUUUUCAUUUAUUAUCUAGUAAACAUAUCAAUUUUUUAAAAUGAAGAAAAGUAUAUUUAAUAAUACAAGAUAAAGAACACUUGAAUGAACAAGGUAUAAAUAAAAUUAUUAAAUUAAAAGGUACAAUGAAUAGAUUAGAUAAAAAUGAUAUUACAGUUUAA